AUGAAGGAAAAGCACUUUUCCGACGGCAAGUACACAGGCGAUCUUAAGAAUGGCAAGAGGGAUGGCGAUGGUACUCAAGAGUAUUCCUGGGGAGGGGUGUAUACCGGGAGCUGGAAGGGGGACAAGAAGAACGGACGGGGGAAGAUGGAGGAGAAGUGGGGAGGAACUUACGAGGGUGAAUGGAAGGACGACAAAAAGGAGGGGAGGGGGCUGAACACAUGGAGCAACGGACGUAUCUACGAGGGGGAAUGGAAAGAUGACGAGAUUACCGGACAGGGGAGAUGGCUAUGGCCGGACGGGCGGUGCUUUCAAGGGAAGUUUGUGAGCGAC